AUGAGCUCUGGGAUGAAUUACCAGCUGUACAGGAACACGACGCUAGGGACGACUCUGAUCGACUCGUUGGAUGAACUGAUUCAGCAGCAGGCGAUCUCACACAGCCUCCGACAGAAAGUGCUCGAAGAGUUCGACAAGGCUAUCAACUACGCUCUGGCGAAUAAAGUGCGCAACCGAAUCACUUUCAAAGGCAAACUCAACACAUACCGAUUCUGCGACAAUGUGUGGACCUUCGUGAUUGAAAAUGCCGAGUUCAGAGAAGUCAUAGAUUGCAUUCAAGUUCCCAAAGUCAAAGUGGUCGCUUGCGAUGGAAAAGGAAACACCGUCAACAAUCGUCAAGCUGUAGAUGACUACUGA